AUGCAAAUCAUUUCACUUGCAUUCGGGCUUACAAACCUUAUCAUCCUCUCGGGAUCUUAUGCGUCUCAAUCCUGUGAUAACAUUAACUCUUUGAUUCAAACUUAUAAUCUCAGUUCCGUAACUGAUCAAGAUUACACAAGCACCUUCUAUGAAAUUAAUCAGUCGGAUAAUAGUACUUACGAGACGUGGGAGGAUCUCAUAGAAACCUAUGAGAAGUUGAACCUGACCAUUCCAACUUCUAUUAACCCCAAUAAUUUGACUACAAGUUUACUUCAAACCCAAAUGUUGCUUGGCGUUUCUUCCAACUGUAGAUUGAAGAAAGCAACUUUAGGUCUAAGUACAAUAAUGCUUCUCACUUAUGUCUUGACUUCAGGCUUUACUGCUGUCGGCGGAAUCAAAUUUUAUAAUAGCUACAAGAGAACACAGAGGUUAAUAGCAGAAGAGCAGAUUCCAGGAAACUUAGAAAAGGCAGGAAUUUGUUUGAUCUAUUCUCAUAAAUGGUGUUUUCCUGAAAUCAGAGCUUUAAAUGAUAUCUUAACAGAAGAGGAUAUGGAUUCAAUUGACCAAGUCGAUACAGAGCCAUAA